AAACAUGGCACGACGAGCAAGCCGUUAAAACCAGUACGGUUAGACAGCGAGGAGCAGGCGAAGAUCGCCAAGGCGGGCCUCGAGAUGAAGUUGAUAACCUCGGAAAUGGAUGCCGAGACGGAAAAGUGGCAGGAGAGUGGAAGCGCUCUGGAGGAAAACAAUGACAUCGUGAAGCGGGCGAAGAACAUGUCAUCAAUGGCAUUCUCGAUGUAUCAAUUCACGCGAGGCGAAGGCGCUCUGAAAACCACCCAGGAUCUAUUCACCCAAGCUGAGUAUUUCGCCGAGGAGGCAAACAGAUUGUACAAGGUUGUGAGACAAUUCAGUUACCAG